GAAGCAAAAAUUUACAACAACUUUGUGCUUUCAGCAUUCUUAAACAUGGCGGUCCCGAAUAGCCACGGGAAAGCUCGGUUACUUCCAUGUGCGAUCGGCAAAUGAAUUAAUUGAAACAGAAGAUGCAAAAUAGUUUUAUUUUGCAUCAUAUGAAGAAGAUUUAUUUUCACAAAGUCAAUUCAAGAAUUUGAGUUUAUCUUGGCGAAAAUUGGCUUUGAGCUAGCGACGAAAAAUGUUUGGUUCAGGUAGAACAACAUCAAACAGGCCCGUUUCCUGGGUCCUUUCAGAUGAUAUUCUAGACCGAAAUAUCGACCAGUUGGACAGAGAAACACCAAGGUGUAAUCUGUCAGAAGAGGAAGAAGAAGAACUUGAGCGAAGCAAACUCGCAAUGGAAUCCCAAGGGGCUGUUCAAACGCACCAGGUACCAACUUCCUGCAUUGGGAACGCCUGGAUUCCGGCGGGCAGAGUAAGUGAUCCGCCCGGAAACAAACAAGUUCCGGUCACCAACUUCCAGUCGAAAAACCCGACAUCGCCUUUCAUGAAACGAAGCCAGCGAGAAGCAACCAAUCAGGGAUCAUGUCAGGAACCAGUAUUUCCCAACUCUGGGGCGGCUGUAACUGCCACUGUUUCCGAAUCGACAACCAUCAAACGUUUGGGGUACACAAGCCCAACACUGGUGCAACAAAGCUGCAAGAAUCCAACAAUCUCAUCUCACAACACGCAACACAAUUCGCAUUAUCAACAUAACAACCAAACUGUGGCGCCCAACAAUACUCCACAUAUACCUGCCUCGAUUUCAAGACCGUAUCCCAGCAUGCCUGUUUCUUCACAAUCGCCAGUUUUCUCUCAGGCACCUCUGUUCUCACAGGCACCUGUAUUCAGUAACGCAACAGCGAAUUCCCAAAGCAAGCCAAUGGGAAUGGUGACACCUCAACUGCCCAAGCAGGCUGGUAAACCCGGGCUACAAAAGGCCAUUGUGUCUCCUCAGACUAAUUUGAAAUAUGCCCCACCAAAUGCGUCUUCAAGGACUAAAAAGGUUUCGCAAUCAUCACUCCAAAAACUUCCCCCCACCAAGGCAACAGUUUCACCUCAACAGCAACAACCACCGCAGACACCACAGGCAAAACAACAACAGCAGCCUAAACAACCACAACAAUAUAAGCAAGUACCGAAUUUUCCGGCAAAUCCACGUCUGCAUAUUGCUUAUUGCCAAGACAGGCCAGAACACCCUGGAUGUCGUGAUGCUAAAAACUGGAACGAUGACCCAACGAAAAAGGCUCAAAUGAUACGAAAGGUUGAGGACGAGAUUUUGCUGCGAUCUCGAGAACUAGAUUCGUGUUGGCAAGAGGAUGAACUGGAUUGUGUUAGGGAUUUUACUGACAUGGACCGACGAAAAGAAAUGACAUAUGCUGAAACGUCAGAAGAAGGCAUUUUCAAAAGGGUGUCCGAUGAAAUCAUUAAGAGGCCGCCAAUAUGGCACGAUGAUGAAGUUGAUUCGGUUAAGGACUUUAGCGAUCGCAAAUGCCACGAAAGAGACACAAGCAAAGCAGGGUCUGAGGAGAAAGUUUGUUUGUCACCCCCCUGGUAUGAAGAGGACGAGGAAGCACUAGCAAGAGAGGGCGUUGUCAUGGUCCACAGAGGAAAAGCAAUGACGUCAUCAGCGCCGGAUUUGGACCCAGUCUCUUCCGUGUCCGCUACGAAUGCGAAUGAUACGAGUACGGUUUCAGUGACCUUUCCCCGCUAUAAGUACUACGAAGAGAAAACUGACUCUGUUAAGGAUUUCUCCAAAUAUGAAAAUGGACAGGAAAUUGGAUCGAGAAUCCCUUCAAGCGAACGAAUUCACCUCACGCCACCUUGGACGCCCUCUGGUUGCCAAACUCCAGCAGAAGGCGUUCCACUGUUGUCCAGUACGGAUGACCAACAGGGUGACCAACCGAGUAUUGCAGGGAAUCGCCCAAAAGUUGCAGUUAUUCCGGUAAAGGAAGAUACAAAUUCUUCCUGUUCUGUCGUGUCAACCUCGACCAUAGACACAAGUGGUGUGAAGUUACGCAAGAAAUCGAAGAGGAAUAAACAAAGCGAGGCUGUGCCAUAUGUUGUACCUCGGUUUGAUGAUAUGGAAGAAGACAGUGUGAAGGAUUUCUCUGCUCCUGAAAGAAAGCUGCAGGGUCUUUCUUCAAAGAUUCCAUCAUAUGAAUGCAUUCCGUUUACUCCACCCUGGAUCAGUCACAAUAAUUCUGGUAUACAGACACCAAGAGAGUACGCAAGUGACUUCGGUGUUCCUAUCAUUACCCCGAUGACGUCAAACUUGGCCCAGUCUCCUACAUCUUCAACACAAGCUGCCAGUGUUUCCAUGCAGACACCGACGAUUCUCACUCAAGCACCGGCUUCUGAUGACACUCAAGGAAGGCUUCCUGUUCUGGACAGCUUCCGGAACACAAUGCAUUAUAAUGGGGUUUAUGGUGAGGCAAACACAACUGUUGAUUCUGUGAAGAAUUUUUCUGUUGGCCUAAUCGAAGAAACAUCGCGAAUUCCAUCAUCAGAGCAACUUUGCUUUACACCCCCGUGGAUUGAAAAUGAAGAUGGAACUAUUCCUGAAGAUCAGGGGAUUGAGGAACCUGACGCAGAUAAAUCGGCCCAAGAAUUGACUCUUGAGGAACAGCGUGCUAUUGAAGAAGAAGUUCGCAAAACUGGUGUUGAAGAUGCUGAAGCGAAGGCGCAAGAGCAAAGGAAAUCACAAAAUGAAACGGCGGCUGGUAAUAAUGGACAGGAGGCUGCAGCUGCGGGCCCACCUGGUAGGGACAGCGGUUUUUGUAGUGAGCAGGACCAGAAGCAGAAACAGCAAGAGCAGCAAGAAGCAGAGAAUGCAUUAGCAGAUACAGAAGUCGGAAAAUCUGAUGCCCACUACCAGGAAGAUCACGACCAAUGUAUCAUUGAACAGGACAAAGAUGAUGAUAGCCGAUCACCCAAUCACUGUUGGUCAUCAAAAGAAUCAUCUGGAUCAAAUCAAACUGAUAUAUCAACAGUUGUGAACCCAGCUACCUCUGUUCCAAUCACUGCACCAGGAUCACCUGAUCCCGACGGUUCUGAGGCAUCUGAUGCGGAAAUCUCUGAAGCUGAAGGUCAUGAGCCAGUUCAGGGUCAAGGGUCAAAGCCCCAGGAUAUUGGUCCCAAAACAGUUGCCACAGCCCCUGAGCCGGAACCAGUUAAAUCAAACGUGAUAAAUACAAGUUUGAAGAACCCGUACCUCCAUCACAAUCAACCUUGCAAUUACCAACAUCCGGGACUGCCUCCAGGUGGGAGCACAAAUCUGCCAAGUCAGCAAAGCUUUCCGAGAAUGCAGCUAAGUACAAGGCAUUUUCAUACCGGCUCAUUCGACUCUGCUCAGCAAAAUUACAAUACCUCACAGGUCAUGAUACACCCCAGGCCAGCUGCACCCUAUCAGAAUCCACCUCAAAACUUCAAUACUGAACAACAUCCUCCACGAAUACCAGUGCAACCAUACGUAGGUCAUUACGAUGACAAAGGUCAAAUGUCAGGUCAAUUGCAAGGUCAAAUGUCAAGUCAGAUGAGAGGUCAAGUAACAAACCAGUUGGACUAUGGUCCUCAGAUGAAUCCAAACUUGCAUUACAAAGGACAACCACCCAUGAUGCGCCAGCCACAGCCAUCAGUACCACAUCCGGUAUCUCACAGGAUGCCGCAUCCCCACAUGCACCCACAGAUGGCAUAUUAUAGAGGUCAAAAGCCAAUGUACAGUGGAGGUCAAGGGCCGCUUACAUACCGUCAGGUUAUAGAGCACCAAGGCCAGAUGCCAAUGAAUCACACAAGCAGGCAGCGGCAUUUGGAUGCCUAUUAUGGAGGUAUGCAUGGUAUGAUGGAAGAGACAUAUAGCAAGGCAAUGCAACAAGGGUUACUGGAUAUGGUAAACAGAGAAAACUGCAUGAAUGAAGAGAAAAUGGUUCCACACAGUCAACCCCAGCCACGUAGCGUCAGCCAAUUAAACCUACAGUCAGGCCAAGAUCAGCAACAAAAGAACACUGACAAUGCCAGUGUUGUGAGCUUCUCAAGUGUCGCUGCGUCGCAUCAGAACUUAGACACCAAAGUUGAUAUGGUUUCUUCCUUACUAAGCAUGCUGGGAACACACGACAAAGACGAUGUUGCUAGGACACUGCUGGCGAUGUCAAGCAGUACAGACUCGUGCAGUGCCAUGCGCCAGUCAGGGUGUCUGCCAUUACUGAUUAAGUUGUUGCAUGAUCCUGAAUACGAGGUUAAAGGAAUAAAUUGGGAGGCUAGACAAAGAGCAGGCCGGGCCCUUCAUAAUAUCAUUAACUCUGGAACUGUUGACCGUAAAGGACGUCGGGAGGUACGAGUGCUGCGUCUGAUCGAGAUUGUUCGUGCUCAUAGUGAGGCUGUUCUCAGUGGUAACAUGGAGAAGUAUCAAUCACAUAAAGGUGCUCCUGCACUGCGGGAUCAUGGUCCAGGCCCCGCAGUUGCAGCUUUGAUGAAGCUAUCCUUUGAGGAAGAACACAAGAAUACGAUAACCGAGCUAGGGGGGCUACAGGUGAUUGCAGAACUGCUUCAAGUGGAUUUCAAAUCGAACGGGCAUUGCAAAGAUCCUUACAGUAUUACCCUGCGCAAGUACGCUGGGAUGGCGCUAAUUAACCUCACGUAUAGUGACAGUCGGAAUAAAAAUAUAUUGUUGGAAAUGAAGGGGGCUUUGAAAGCUGUUCUUGCGGGGCUGUCGUCGUCUGAGGAGGAGGAGCUGGUUCAGGUUUCUGCGGGAAUCCUGCGCAAUGUCUCGUGGAAAUCCGAUGAAAACGGGAAAAGAACAUUGGCUGAGGUUGGCACUGCCCGGAGCCUCAUGACAUCUGUGCAGCAUAUCCGCAGCGAGGCAGCAAUUCGCAGUAUCCUUAGCGCUGUCUGGAAUCUCUCGGCUCACACUCCUGAUAACAAAGAAGAAAUAUGCUCAACCCCCGGCUCAUUGAAAUUCCUCUGUUAUGCAUUGAACUAUCGUAGCCUGUCACGCAGUCUUGUCAUAGCAGAAAAUGCCGGAGGGAUCAUGAGAAAUAUAUCUUCCCACAUAGCUGUCAAGCCUGAAUACAGACAAAUAUUGAGAGAGCAUGGCUGCUUGAAGGUUCUUAUAUCACAUCUCCGAUCGCCUAGCACCCGCGUUGUGUCCAAUGCUUGCGGGAUUCUCUGGAACCUAUCCGCACGCUGCAUCGAAGAUCAAGAGCUUCUUUGGGAGUUGGGCGCUGUAUCGAUGCUAAAAACAUUAGUCCAUUCGAAACACAAGUCAAUUUCAACCAGCUCUGCCUCUGCCCUUCGUAACCUAAUGGCUGUCAAACCCGGAAGUAGCAGCACAGAUAACGAGUCACAUGCUUCAUUCAGCUUCAAAAGGUCAAAAACGCUUCCUGGAAAAUCAAGAAAUUCUCAGAACAAUCUUCGAUCGGACCGGAAGUAUAAAUCGUUCUUUGGUAAGAAACUUGCGGUUAAAGAAACCACAGUUCCAGGAAAUGAAUCCAGCUCAACAGCGAAAAAGGCGCCAAUACGAGGAUUGCCGAAUGUACCGGAAGAUUCUCGGAAGGUGCAUCGAAAGGUAAAGCAUGGGGAGCCCCAUUAUUACGCUGAUCUAUACCAGGAUCCUCCGCGAAGGGGAAUCACCAUGCCACAAGCCAGAGACCCAACAGUGGUUCUGUAUUCAUCAGAGAAUCCCCAUAGUGCACAUGAAGGAAAUCAAGAGGAGUCCCCGGCCCUUUUUAAUGGCAGUCGAGUAGAUCGAUGGAAUAAUCUCCACAGUGGAAACUCUUGUAAUUGCAAGCAUGGCUCAUUUCAGCAUAAUCGACCACCACAGGGGGUCGAUACAUUGCAACAGGGAAUGCAAAAUAUGAUCAUCAAAGAGGAAUCUCCUAUAAUAACACGGCAAAGACGCGGAAGCUCAAGCUCAAGUUUAUCAUCCUGCUCACCCCCGUCACAGCCACCACAUCCAGCCAAUCAGCAAAUGCCACGUGUAGAAACAGAGAACUCACCAUUGUCAAUAUUCAGGGACCGGAAGUCUAAUCCGGGUCUUUGUCUGCAUAGGCGGUCAAUGUCUGAUACCAUAUCUGAGUUCGGUCAUCCAAGCCAAUUGCCAAACCAGCCUUCUCAUGCUGUAACCGACUCAGAGCUUGCAAAACCGGAUCAUUUUUCAUGGCAUAAUCAUGCACACAAGCCUCCGUUGAGCCAGAAAAUCAGCUACGGAGGAGAGGCCUACGAAAGGAAGGAAAUCGCGCCAAAACCACAGCCCUAUUACAACGUUAGGCCUAUCGGUCGUUACGACGAGGUUUCCCAUUACGAGACCCAUUUUCUGUCGCCUUAUGACGAUUGUCCAUUGUCUAUCGUAAAAGAUUCGGUUAGAUUCCCGCAUUUUUCGUUGGGUUAUCGCCCAAAACAAGACUGUACGCCCCCGAGACAACAGGAACGUCCUUUGGUUCAGGAAUCUACUACACCUAAGGUUUUCGUUCAAGAAACCCGUUACGACGUUCGGCAAGCGUAUCAUCGGCGAUCAAACGAAACAAUAUCAAGUUCGUUGCCAGGUUCGCGUGAAGAACUUCGAAGGAGAUGCAAACACAACCAUUCUGGAACUAGCGUUUGGCAAUGCGAUUGUUACGAAACGGGGAACGUUUGGAUUCGUAAAGGUCACGAGAAGAGCAAAAAAUGUCAAGGAGAGCAGGGUUCAAGUCAAAUGCAUGCGUGGCCUGAAAGUUCAAAGGUCAAUCGAUCGGAUAGUUUUCGAGCUGCAAGACAAGAUGCUCAGAGUUACGUCAUGCCGCCCACGUGGCCUAACCCAGCGUACCAAAAUAGCACAACAGUCAAUCAUCCGAGAAUUGGAUCACGUGCUGGUUUGAGAAGUGAUGACGAAUUGAGACAUUCUAAAGAACUACUUCCUUCACGUGAUUGUGAUGCGAGGCAAUUUCUUGGAAAUGAAAACGUUUUUCUUGGAAAUGAUCAAAGACACCCUUUCCAAGAAAAGAUUAUAUCAAGCCCGCAAGGACAGUAUGGGGUGGCCACACCAGUAAAAGACCCGCAUCUUGUUUCCGGGCAGGAGAUACCAAUGCAAGAGAUACCAAGUAGAGAACCGAGCAUUCCGGACCAGGGCCAAAGCAACGUUCCUGGUAAAGAGAGAACCGGAACUGACAAAAAGGCGGAAGAUAAUGAAGGGAAAAAGCCGUUAAGGUCGAGUUUGAAAACACCGUCUGAUGGAUUAAAGAAAUUUCGCAAGAAGCAUAUCACCCAGAAAGUUGUUACUUCUGUUGAAAAGAAGAAAUCAAAAGGAAAGGACAAUGUCAUGGUAACUUCAUUGUAGAAGAUAAACACGCGUGUAGUUUACCGUGUAAGCGUGAUUAGAAAUCUCGUCAGCUGCAGUGAAAAUAGCCCCUUCAGUACGCGUGCGCGUGUACGUACUAUCUUGUCAGAAGGCCCCGUAAGUUUUGAUAAAUGUGGUCACAUCACUUAGCAAACAGACAUGCGUGCUAAUUAUCGUGUAACCGUGCAUGAAGGUUCUUAUUACUGCGAAUAUUGCCGCCUUGCUUAACAAAUACAACACGCACGCGAAUCACCGUGUAAUGGUACCUCAUUGUUCUUAUUACUGAUAAUAUUGCCACAUUGGUUAACAAAUGCAACACGCGUGCGAAUUAUCGUGUAAAAUACUGACGUUCAUGUAUCAUGUCCCACAAAACUGAUGGCCUCUUCGUGCCCGUGUAACAUGUUCGUGUAGUUGAUAGCUGCUGUAGAAAUGAGAUACAAUCCAUAGUGUUAGUUGCGUGGAAAGCAAAGAGAACUCUGCUUCGUGCAUAUUACAUAGACAAUGUCAGUUGACACGAAUUUACACGAAAGACACGCUUCGUAAGCGCUAGCAACUGUAUGCAGACUUUUUUUAGAAGUAAUCAAUCAGUUUUAUUAAGAUUCACGAUACUUGCUGACUUUUGUAAAUAAGCAUUCUUCACUGCAUUUCGUUCGCUUUCGUUCUGCUGUGGAGGCGCUAAUUUAUUUUAGCUUAUUUUUGCAUUGCUUCUCGUAAGCACCCGCCCCCGCCCCCCUUCCUUGAUUUUCGUAACCUUGCCAUUUAAAAGCAGAUUUUUAACUAAAUUCU